AUGUUGCCCGAGCCACAUCUUAGUGAGGCUACGAAUGUGGUUAUUGAGGAGGCGGUACCUCUCGCGGAGGACUCUAAGGAUAUGAUAGAUCCAGGAAUGGCUUCUGAUGAGGACGUGCCGGUCUUCAGUCGUCACAUAUCGGCCCUUUGGGACAGACUACGUGCACGCUUCAGGAGCGCCACCCGCAAGACGAUCGUUGAAGUUGAAUACGAUGAAAUGCUCGGCGUUAAGUGCUACGAGUAUAUGUGCGUUAGAUAUGUAUUUGAUACUAACGUUGGUCGGUUCCGUCCUGUUGGCAUGGGAGAAUGGACAGCUUCUGAGAUGCAUCACCGGCUGAGGACUGGUGGUUUAAGUCACGAGGAGGCCACACUCGAGUUGGAGGAAACGGGUCCGAACGCGAUCAGAGUGCGAGUCCCCGGGAUCAUUGAGAGUCUGGCUUCGGAGUUCAGCGAUGUUCUCUACAUACUACAGUCUAUUGCGGCCUGGACAUACAUCGUGUAUACGACGUGGAAUAUUGGAAUAAUAUGGCUCGGCAUGACUCUGAUUGCGGGGAUCUAUCGGGCCUUGUUCAUC